AAAGGAACGCUUCAUUGCCAUACCCUGGUAUGGCCCAAAAAUAUGAAGAGCAUAUAUGUGUCGCAAAUAACCGCUCACAUACCGAAUGAAAACGAAGACUACGAUUUUCAGAUUUAUCAUUGCCAAAAAUCUAAUCAAAAAGUCUUAAAUAUGCCAGUGCACAGCGAGAAAACGAGUUAUGACGAUAAUGGCCUGCAUAUUUACCACACAGCUGAGGCAAAUAAUAAUAACGUCCGAGCUUACAUCGACACGUUAGCGAGAAGCUUACAAUGCUCAAUGGACGUGCAAUAUGCUGACGGAAAAAAUUUGCUCUUAAAAUACGUUGCAUCCUAUGUAUCAAAAUUUAAGGAUACAUAUAUUUCAAAUGGUUAGUAUUUUUCUACUUCCUUAUGCACUUUUUUACGCACAAAACUUAUUACUUUCUCAUUUAUUUUAAAGCUGUCAUUGCUGAAGGUUUAACAGGGCAUCAAGCCGCAUUUCGUUUUGUU